AUUCGAUGAGGCGCGUGCGUAAGGAAAAGGAGCGCGUGAGUGAGCUCGAGCGCUGUGGUGGCGGUGGGUGCGUGUAUGUGUGUUGAGUCCCUUUAGCAAGCUAUAUAUUGUGUGGAGGAGCGCGACACACGCUGUAUUCGCAGAUUUCCUACAAAGGCAGAAACUAGUUUUCUCUUCCUCAGGAAGACCCCCCCCAAACCAAACAGGAUAAAUUCUCUAAAGCUAUUUAUCCACAGCCUGCGAAAAACAUGUCGGCCUCGGCGGCGAAAGUGAGUAAAAAGGAACUGAACUCAAACCAUGACGGAGCGGACGAGACCUCCGAAAAAGAGCAACAAGAAGCUAUUGAACACAUUGAUGAAGUACAGAAUGAAAUUGACAGAUUGAAUGAACAAGCCAGCGAGGAAAUUCUGAAAGUAGAACAGAAAUACAAUAAACUACGUCAGCCAUUCUUCCAGAAGAGGUCAGAACUGAUCGCCAAAAUCCCCAACUUCUGGGUCACAACAUUCGUCAACCAUCCACAAGUCUCUGCUCUUCUCGGAGAGGAGGACGAGGAGGCACUUCACUACUUGACCAGGGUGGAGGUGACAGAGUUCGAAGACAUCAAGUCAGGUUACAGAAUAGAUUUUUACUUUGACGAAAACCCAUACUUUGAGAACAAAGUCCUUUCCAAAGAGUUUCACCUGAACGAGAGCGGAGACCCAUCCUCAAAGUCAACAGAGAUAAAAUGGAAAGCAGGAAAGGACUUGACAAAACGCACCAGCCAGACGCAAAACAAAGCAGGGAAGAAGAGACAACAUGAAGAGCCAGAGAGCUUCUUCACUUGGUUCACAGAUCACUCCGAUGCAGGGGCUGAUGAAUUGGGAGAGGUCAUCAAGGAUGACAUUUGGCCAAACCCCUUGCAGUACUAUCUGGUCCCUGAUAUGGAUGACGAGGAAGGAGAGGGUGAGGACGAUGAUGAAGACGAUGAAGAGGAAGAAGGCUUGGAGGACAUAGAUGAGGAAGGAGAUGAGGAUGACGGAGAGGAGGAUGAAGAGGACGAUGAUGGAGAGGAAGGAGAGGAAGACGACGGAGAGGACGACUAAACCAUAAAAGGACAUAUUCCACCCAGAUCCUUUCCCAUUCUUCCCCUACUGAUUAUCCACCAGUCCUUGGGAGCAAGAUGCUUUUUUUUUUUUAUUUUGUGCUCCGUCUCCUUGUUUGUUCUGAAACCUCUCUCCUGUCCGUGCCAUGUCUAAUACAAGUUUUAUUCCCCCUCCACUGGAAUAAACUAGUGGCAAAGUUUCUUGCUGAUGUCCCAUGUACCAUAUCCAGUUCCCACAUGCAUCCAAGAAAACUUUGGAAAAAGAUUCAUAGAAACAGCACGGCAUUUCUUGAGUAGACUAAAAUGCAAUAGAAAUUUAUAUAUGAAUAUAUAUAUAUAAAUUUUCUUUAAGGUUGUAAGAUAAAUGAACAAAAGCCAUGGUGCAGUGAUGACCUGCUAGCUCUAGCAUUCCCUCACUGUUAUAAUUUUGUUCAGUAUGAAGUAGGCCCCUAGAACUGACACCGUUUUUCCCAUGCGGUUAAAUGGAGAAAUAGGAAUUGCCAGCGUGUUCCUGUCACCUCUUGUAACAAUGUUUGGGGUCAAUAUUAGGGUAGGGCUGGGGGUAUUUGUAGAAGGCUGUUGAGGGGAAUGGGAGGGUGUGCAGCUAAUGGCAGAUGGGUAUUUUUUUUGACACAUCGACAUUAGGGGUUUUUGAUUUUCAUUGUAUUGUUUUACAGACAUCCAUGAGGUUUGAAAUGACAUUUUUAAUAAAAACAAAACACAAAAAAACCUUACUCUUGUAAUUUUGAGCCCUGAUGCUUCAUGAAAUAUGGAUACAAAAAAAAUCACCUGUAGAAUCAGUCAUGGAAUCUACAGCUAAUCGUUUUUCUUUUUCCACUGAAAAAGGCCGUUUUAAACAAAG